AUGAGGAUUUUAGGUUCGAAAAAAAAUUUUUUUGGAAGUAAAAUUUGAUUGAGUCUUUAGUUUGGCAACGGGACGACGCCUCUUCGGACUGGAGUGAAUGGAGUGAUUGUGAUCGAAGCCUGACCAGAACUCGUUGGAGAAACUGUUCCAGUUGUAACCCGCGCCGAGAAAGAGUCCCCUGUAUUUCAAAGACCUCAUUGAGUGAGGAGUUUCCCCAGGAAUUACUCAAUACGGAAUUCGGUGAGACUUUUUUGUCUACUACAAUAUAAUUUUUAAAAAUGCCUUUUAAUUUUUGUUAUCCAUUUUAAUUUUAGAGCCAAAGCAAGUUGCCCAGACCUUCGAAGAUGCCCGCAGAUUCAAAGCAGCAGGAGUGCGAAGGUCUGAUGACCACGAGGGAAGUCUUUUUGGAGAUAAUGACUAUAAUCAUCAAGAUGAAGUCAGUUAUUUCGGGCCUCCACACAAGGUGGAAACCUCGGGUUUUAUUCAAUCAGAAGGUGAGAUUUAUGUCAUAUUCAUCUACUGCCUUUUUAAAAAUUAAAAUCUAUGAUUCAACUCUAGUUUAAUGUAAUGAUGUAAUGUUUUCCCAGAUAUCAUCCAUCCCCAGCCCAACAUCUUUAAUAUCCAAUCGAAUAUCAAGAAGAUUCGUCCAGAAGAAGAGAAGAGAGGAUCUGGCAGAACCUCGGACCUCCCGGCCAAAGAAUCCUUCGAAUUGGAUCCAAAUGAAGCCGCUCCUUUCGCGCCGCUGAAGCCGGACGAUUUGGAUUUCCUGAAUGGACUGGAUUCUGGAGAAAUGAAACAGCUGAAGGAUGCUCAAAACGAAGCCGAAAAGGAGGCCAAUCGAGAGGUGCGAGGGUUCAGAAACGAAGAACAACCCGAGGAUAUCACUCUACAAGAAAUCAGACGGGAAGGUCUCAAUAUUCGAAGGAUUGAUAACAAAAAAAGACAUGAAUAUGACAGGGAGGAGCACAAAACCCAAGGAGAAGUGAGCAAGGAUGAUUUUGAAACGAAAAAAGAGGAGCUGGAUGAGAAUGGAUGCAAUCCCAGGGUAAAAUGUUGCCCAGUAUCCUCUGGAGCGACCCUAAAGGGAUGCAUAAUUGGAUUCAGGACAACGGAAAAUGGAGCAAAGGCCACUUGUUUGACUGAUAACUGUAUUUAA